ACAGUUGGGUCCCGCUUGGCAGCAAAGUUGGGAUGGAAAUUCUACGAUGCAGAUGAUUAUCAUUCUCCGGAGAACAAAAAGAAGAUGGCGGAAGGAAUACCACUAAAUGAUGAGGACAGGAUUCCGUGGCUUUAUGCACUGCAUGAUAUAUUAAGGAGAGAAGAAUCGUCUAAGCAAGAUGCAGUUCUGGCCUGUUCUGCACUGAAGAAAAUGUACAGAUGUGUAUUAGUUAGUGGAGCAUCAGCACUUGAAAGCAACCAGCCAGAGAACCCAGGAGAAAAUGCAGCACUGAAGAUCCUCUUUGUUCAUUUGGAUGGGCCUAUAGAUCUCAUUGCUCCUCGCCUGGAGAAGAGGAGAGGACAUUUUAUGCCACCUGAAUUAUUCAAGUCUCAAUUUGAUACUCUGGAGCCUCCUAGAGCACCAGAAAACUUUAUUACUGUCAGUGUAGAAAAAUCUCUUCCCAAAAUAGUGCUGGAAAUUGAGAAAGCAAUUUUUUCAGGGUGAGGCUUUUUCAGGAGUUGUUUCUAAAUUAUAUAUACAGAGACUCUCUCAAGCAUAUUAAAGUUGUGAAACAGCAUUUUAAUUAUUUUAAGUUAACCAGAACAACUUACUUUUCCCAAUACUUAAAUGGAGGUGGUAUCCCAAGCUAAUUUAUUACUUUCGAUAUUUUUAUCAUGGCUCUGUAAAGGCUAUAUAACAUGGAUCUUUCACAAUCCAUCAACGUUGUUUAAGAUCUUUUCCAUAUGGAGUUAAAAUUCCCAUUAGUACGGGUGAAAGUGGAGCCACCGAAGCACAGCCUGCUUUUGAAAAUCCCAUAAAGAGUUACACAGUAAUUGAAAUUCUCAUUUUUCUAUUUUUACUUUGUCAAACCUGGAGGGGGAGAGCAUAUCUGCCAGUGAGUGAUGAAAUAAUUAACAGCUUUGUAAAAAAGCUGUGUAUUUAUUUUUCUACAAAUAUAAAAGGCAGGAACUUGAAUGAUGAAGUUCUGUCGGAUCUUGAACAAGUUGUAGCUUCCACAUUUGUGUCCUUAGCAACCCCACAAAGGUGCUGAGACUCUCUGAGCUCAUUAUCUGCACAGCAGCUGAAAAAAGAGGGAGGGGGGAAAAGGUGGUGGUGGAAAAAUGGUACACAAAAUACAAUUCUCUGGAAAGUUUUGGAAAUAAAAUGAAAGGGGCAUGAUACUGGCUUUGAAUUAGCAUUCAUCAUAUGCAAAGCGUACCCAUUGAUAAAAGCAAGCGGAAAGUGAGUCAGCCAGUUAAGGUAAGAUAGUGAUCACAGGACUGAUGGAUAUAUCCUCCUUUUAAAACCUAACUGUCGUUCUUUCAGAGCUGGACUUUCUCUUUCACUUCCCUCUUCUGGCAUGCUUUACUCUUCCACCGAAGCCUAUAAUAUGCCCAGUCCGUUAUAUGCUUAUGGAUAGGUUUUCAUACAACUACUUUAAAAUUUGAGAUCAAACUGUUUCUAAUAUACUUGUUCGGUUUUUUUUCUCUGAUCAGGAAAUGCCUGAAUAUAGUCACAGAAUUGAAAGUUUAAAUCCUCUUUUUUUAUUGCCAAUUUUUAAAAAUUCUUUUUUCCCCUGUUACAGAAGAGAUGCCUCUUAUCUGCAGAGUUUCCAUAAAGUUAAUUUCUGUUGGAAAGAUUCCACCACAAGUUAGACUGAACAGAAUCAUCCCUGUGUGCAGUUGCACAUGAAUUACUAUUUAGUGUUCUCAUGCAAAUUUGUGAUUUUUAAGGGGACCACUUAGUGCCUUUUCAAACAAAACUUGUGUUCUGAAGCAUCUUUGGAGUAGUUUCUAUUUAGAUAACUAGUUGAAAUAUGGUCAUCUUGUUUCUCAUUUUGUAGUGGUAAUAAGUGUUUUGUGAUUUACCAGGUAUUACCCACUGUGCUUAGGCCUGUAUUAUAUGUGAAUGUAAUCUGACUGAAACCAAACAUGCUGGAUUCAGAUUCAGGAUUGUAAACGCACUCACUGAGAAGUGGUCUUUCCCUUUUCGUUUGACCUGGAGGAAAAAUAUCAGGCAGUUAGCAGUUUUACCAUGUGUAGUUGCAGAUUACGGCAGCACUGGGAAGAAAAGCCUCAAUUCAUUCCGAGUUGAUUUCUGCACGCUUGUGGUUGAUCUGAGGAACAGCCAGGGUGAAGGGGGAGACGGAGGCAAAGUUCAGUACAAUAAAGUGAAGCGGCUGCACUUCUUAACACCCUCAAAAUUCAGAGACUGUAGCUAUUCAGACAAAUUCACUGAUCGGAGCUGUAACAAUGUUUAGUCACUAUGAAAAUUAAAGAAAUUGCACCCCCUUGUGGUACUAUCAUUUUUAAUGACGCCUUCAUAUUUUCCCAAUAUACUAUUUUACAAGAAAACAGCAUUUCUACUAUGCCCACUAUUAAAUGCAGAUUUAUGCUCAC